AUGGCGUCAUUUGCCAAUCCCACACAGAUCUUUGCCGACGAUGUCACCGAGGAGAAGGGCGAGAAUGCCCGUCUGUCGGCCUUUGUCGGUGCUAUCGCAGUCGGUGAUCUCGUGAAGAGCACUCUGGGUCCCAAGGGAAUGGAUAAGAUUCUACAGUCUGCUUCGACCGGAGAUAUUCUCGUGACGAACGACGGUGCUACCAUCCUGAAAUCGAUCGCUUUGGACAACGCUGCGGCAAAGGUGCUGGUCAACAUCUCCAAGGUUCAGGACGAUGAGGUUGGUGACGGUACCACUUCCGUCACCGUGCUGGCCGCCGAGCUGCUUCGGGAGGCCGAGAAGCUGGUGAGCUCCAAGAUUCACCCCCAGACUAUCAUUGAGGGUUACCGGAUAGCUAGCCGUGCCGCUCUCACUGCUCUCGAGAACACCGCUGUCGAUCGCAGCAAGGACCCCGAGGCCUUCCGCAAGGACCUGCACUCCAUCGCCCGCACAACUCUCAGCUCCAAGGUUCUGGCACAAGACCGAGACCAAUUCGCCCGUCUGGCCUGUGAGGCCGUCCUGCGUCUCAAGGGCUCGACCGACCUGAGCCACAUUCAGAUCAUUAAGAAGGCCGGCGGCAAGUUGAGCGAUUCUUACCUGGAUGAGGGAUUCAUUCUCGACAAGAAGAUUGGUGUCAACCAGCCCAAGCGGUUGGAGAAUGCCAAGAUUCUUGUGGCCAACACUGCCAUGGAUACGGAUAAGGUCAAGAUCUUCGGUGCUCGGGUCAAGGUCGAGUCGACGGGUAAGCUGGCCGACCUCGAGAAGGCCGAGCGUGAGAAGAUGCGGGCCAAGGUGGAGCGGAUCAAGUCUCACGGAAUCAACUGCUUCGUCAACCGGCAAUUGAUCUACAACUGGCCCGAGCAGCUCUUCACCGAGGCUGGUAUCAUGUCCAUUGAGCACGCCGACUUUGACGGUAUUGAGCGCCUCGCCCUGGUGACUGGCGGUGAGAUUGCCUCCACAUUCGACCACCCUGACCAGGUUAAGCUGGGCUCUUGCGAUCUGAUUGAAGAGGUUAUUAUUGGUGAAGACACUCUGAUCAAGUUCUCUGGUGUGGCCGCUGGCCAGGCUUGCACCAUUGUCCUGCGUGGUGCUACCGAGCAGCUACUCGACGAGGCCGAGCGUUCGCUGCACGAUGCCCUCGCGGUCCUCUCCCAGACCGUCAAGGACCCCCGCGUAACUCUCGGUGGUGGCUGUGCCGAGAUGGUGAUGUCCAAGGCCGUUGAACAGGCUGCUCAGAACACCACCGGUAAGAAGCAACUGGCCGUGGACGCCUUUGCGCAAGCCCUGAAGCAGUUGCCGACCAUCCUGGCCGACAAUGCGGGUCUGGACUCCAGCGAUCUGGUCACUCGGCUGCGCCAGGCAAUCAACAACGGCAUGACCAGCUCCGGUCUGGACCUGUUGACGCCCGGCGGUGGCAUUGCGGACAUGCGGGAUCUGGGCGUUGUGGAAGCGUAUAAGCUGAAGAAGGCUGUGGUGUCAUCAGCCUCCGAGGCUGCAGAGCUGCUUCUCCGGGUGGACAACAUCAUCCGGGCUGCCCCUCGCCGACGGGAGCGGAUGUAA